AUGGGGCUCUUCAGGAGCAAUCUGCCAAGGUGCCCUGCGGAUCAACAUUGCUCACAAUGGGCUAAGAAUUAUAUGAAAUAUUGUCCGUGCGCCAGGAAGGAUUGGAUUUCACUGAUAUUGGGAUUACUCAGUGUUGUAAGUUGGGGUGUUGCUGAGGUACCGCAGAUCAUUACGAAUUACAAAGAGAAAUCAUCUGAAGGACUUGCCGUAGGCCUCCUUUUGACCUGGAUACUUGGGGAUCUCUUCAACGUAUUUGGUUGCUUGCUAGAACCAGCUACCCUUCCAACUCAGUACUAUACGGCAGUGCUCUAUUUGGUGACUACUUUAGCUCUCGCCUCCCAAGCAGCUUACUAUGGUUACACGUCUAAGAGACAAGCCCAUAAGAGAAUAAUCAUCCAGAAUCAUGAUAAUGCUCAAGAAGCCUUGAUUGGUAGACAAUUCCCACCUGCUUCAGAAACCAAGACUAUGUUAUGUGUGGUUUUUACAAUGACAAUUUUCCUCUGUACGUACAAUAUUCAAGUUGAAAAGAGCAGUUACCUCAGUUUAAAUUCAAAAACUCAGCAUAACGGAAUUGUGAUUCAAGUAGGAAGAAAGCUUUUACAGGCAAGUGGCAGUUUACUGGAAGGUAGUGAUGGCAUCAGGAGUAUUGGAAUCGGAACCUUCCUUGGAUGGGGAAUGGCAACUAUUUACAUUGGUGGGCGUCUUCCACAAAUCUUCCUAAAUAUCAGAAGGGGAAAUGUUCAGGGUCUGAAUCCACUAAUGUUUAUCUUUGCUCUUGUUGGGAACUCUGCAUAUGUCUACAGCAUACUUGUGAGCAGCAUGGAGUGGUCAAAAAUAAAUCCUAACCUUCCAUGGGUGGUUGAAGCAACCGGAUGUGUAAUGCUUGAUACUUUUAUUCUAAUCCAGUUUGUCUACUUUCGCCAUCGGAAGGACAAAGGUCUUGACAUUAAGCAUGAAGAUUUGGAACCAUGA